AAGCACUUUCUUGUACCUUCUGAUUUUGCUUCCUAAAACAAUAACACAGACAAGAAUGCGAAAAACAUGCCCAACAAAAGACAACCUACUAUCAACCGCUAAAAUUCAUCACAUCUCCUGCAUGUAUUGUAUCAAAUCCCAACAAACUUAGCUACUUAUCCUCCCAACUCAGCUCCCCUAAACAUUCAUUCUCUGUAAGAAGCAAAGCUGUGCCAACAUCACCGGAUGGAAAAGAAAAGCUUCUUACGUAGAGAGGGCCUCUUCUUGCAGCAUCCACUCUUCUUUUUCCUUGCUCUUGUCCUAGGUUUUGUUGUAAUGGAUCCCUUUAAAUUAGGUCCUAUCGGUCGCCAUGACUUCAGGCCUGUGAAGCAUCACAUUGCACCUUACAGGCAAGUCAUGGAUAGCUGGCCGAGAGACCAGGAAGGCCGGCUGGGCAAUGGAAAAUUGGAGUUUGAGGAUGAAGUUUUUGGGCCUGAAUCUUUGGAGUUUGAUAGCUUUGGUCGUGGUCCUUACACUGGGCUUGCUGAUGGACGUAUUGUUAGAUGGAUGGGAGAGGCAGUUGGAUGGGAAACAUUUGCUGUUGUUACCACAAACUGGUCAGAGAAGCAUUGUGGUAGAGGUGUUGAUUCAACAACUUCAAAGCAAUGGAAGCAUGAGAAACAGUGUGGUCGUCCACUGGGCCUAAGAUUUGACAAAAAGACUGGAAAUUUAUACAUUGCAGAUGCAUAUUAUGGCCUUCUGGUUGUUGGACCAGAAGGAGGAGUUGCUGUUCCUUUGGCAACUCAUGCAGCAGGAGACCCAAUACUCUUUUCUAAUGAUCUUGACAUUCAUGACAACGGCUCCAUCUUCUUUACUGACACUAGCAAGAGAUAUGACAGAGCGAACCAUUUCUUCAUUUUGCUGGAAGGAGAAGCCACUGGUAGACUUCUUAGAUAUGAUCCUCCUACAAAAACAACUCAUGUAAUAUUAGAUGGCUUGGCAUUUCCAAAUGGAGUGCAGCUAUCUAAGGACCAGAGAUUUCUUCUAUUCACAGAGACUACCAGUUGCAGGUUGAUGAAAUUGUGGCUAGAGGGUCCAAAAGCUGGAAGAGUGGAACUUGUUGCUAACCUGCCAGGUUUUCCUGACAAUGUAAGAAUAAAUGAUAAAGGACAAUUCUGGGUAGCAAUAGAUUGUUGCAGGACACAAGCAGAAGAGAUCCUCACAAACAAUCCAUGGAUGAGGAACAUCUAUUUUCGGAUACCGAUGCCAAUGAAGUUAUUAGCAAGAGUAAUGGGGAUGAGGAUGUACACAGUUAUAUCAUUGUUCAGUGAGAAUGGAGAAAUCCUAGAAGUCCUUGAGGAUCCAAGAGGUGCAGUGAUGAAGCUAGUGAGUGAAGUUAGAGAGGUAGAUGGGAAGCUCUGGAUUGGAACUGUGGCUCAUAACCAUAUUGCAACUCUCCCCUAUCCUUAUAAUUAGUACUUAGCUGCAAAAACUUAUUGAUAAUUCUGUGAUGAGUUAAAAUGGCUGGCUGGCUGCCUUGCCUGUCUUCAAUAGAAAUUUCUCUAACA